AUGCUCUAUCUUUCUACUUUCGUCUGUACAUCGCCUGUACAUCGCCUAUAAUUUUAAUGGUUGAACUACAUACCAAUCGUGCUCCUUGGGAGUCGAUGUAUGAAGCUAUUAGUUAAGAGUUACAGCGUAUAAUCGGUGGAAUCAUACUACAUCCCUCUUGGUUACUUCAGGUAUACAUACAGCGAUUGACGGAUUGUAUUCCGCCAGUUUUUGCGGUCUACUUGCAUCGACCUUUUGAAGCUUUGUUUGCACGUUCAAGGUCGGACAUCGGAUAUAUGGUAUGAUCGUUUCCGACACCUAGAGAAUCGAACGUAGCAGACAACAACAUUUAAGCGAACGACAAAAACAUGGCUCUCUCGGCCUCGGCAAUCAUUGUCAUCGUCGUGUGCGUCUCCGCCUUAUUCGUGACCAUCCUAUGGACCUUUAGCGGCUACUACGGACGCGCAUCCACAAUGGACGAAGCAAAGACGCAGAUAUCACACGAACAAGACACAUAUAUGCGGCAGGUACGACAACGAAAUCAUGAGUACGCUUAUGCUGAGUCAAUCUUCGGUAGCGGUGGAGCAAGUACAACUCGCACAUCGCAAGUAUGGUCGAAUACGAACAAUGGAUCAACGCCGAAUACGCCCAUGGCUACGAGAGGAGCUGGAACUCCGGCCUGGGGAGCGAAACGGAUGGACAGUAAUGGCAAACAAAGUCUGAGUCAGAGUUCGAUGAACGUUCAGCAGGGGAAGGAUGGUUCGCGGGUGAACUAUUCGACGUAUGAGCCGGCGGAAUACUUUGAGCAGUCGCCGUAUGAAAGCAAUGAGUAUUACUAUGGGUAUGAACAAACACAACAGGCGAAUGAAAGGGUUAAUCAGGUUCCAUCGGAGGUCGUGUAGCUGACGAAGCUAUGCGGGUUCGUUAUUGGUGUGUUAUUAUCAUGAAUUAUGACAUUUUAUCUCCAUAUCGAGCAUCGUAUGUGCAGCUCUUUGAGUCGCUAGCAUCGGCAGACCCCUAGAAGCCCCGAAGGGCUCACCCCUUACUAGUUCGUAGGAAGCAGUAUAUGUGUUCAUGCUCUGAAGUAUGCUGGAAGAUCAUUUAUGCUCCACAGAUUGUUAGCGAAGAUAACCCUAAUUGAUCCCAUCCUUUCUUUAAACUACAGCUCAUAUUCACCCUCCACUCGACAUAUUAAUCAACGGACAGACGACGUCAGCAGUGAUGUCCCUUAUAAAGAGCUUAGAGCUGCUAUCAUCCCUUCUUGCACGCAAUGUCCGUUUAUUAACCUCCACACCUCGCCAAUCCAGCCCCGCAGGUGCAGCAUAUCAGUA